AUGGCCACUUCAGCGCCUUUCGGGGUUCUACCUCAAACCGAGGUUGUUGCUGACAAGGUGGAUGAGGUUAUCGAAGAAAAGGUUUAUGGAAAGUCUGGCCAUGAACGGAAAGAUAGUGAUACAGAAUCCUCGACGCUAGACUCCACGAGAGAAAAGGACGACGCCGCCAUUCGUACACUUGCAAGACAAAUCACACAAAAGUCCAUGGAAGGUGGCCAUGACCACAACAUCAACCCAUUUCUAGGAUCAAAUGACCCAAAACUCGACCCAUCAUCAGAAAAGUUUAGUUCUAGAGCAUGGAUGAAACAUCUGGCUCAUAUCCAAUCUCGCGAUCCAGAAAGAUAUCCCAACAGGACAGCAGGAGUAGCCUACAAGAAUUUGAACGCCCAUGGAUUCGGUGAGCCAACCGAUUACCAAAAGACGUUUGGUAACUACCCAUUGGAGAUCGCGGGUAUGGCCAAAAGAGUUCUUGGACUCAGCAAGCCAACCAAGAUUCAAAUUUUGAGAGACUUUGACGGACUUGUUAAGAGUGGAGAAAUGCUUGUCGUGCUUGGUCGACCUGGAUCCGGAUGCUCAACUCUAUUGAAGACAAUCUCCGGGGAGACUUCGGGAUUUUUUGUUGACAACAACACAUAUAUCAACUAUCAAGGAAUCCCAAUGAAGACUAUGCACAACGAUUUCAGGGGGGAAUGUAUAUACCAAGCAGAGGUUGAUGUACAUUUCCCUCAAUUGACCGUGGCGCAGACAUUAUCAUUUGCAGCCAAGGCGAAAGCUCCUCGGAACCGCAUACCCGGAGUUACAAGAGAACAAUACGCGGAUCAUCUUCGAGAUGUCAUGAUGACUACCUUUGGACUUUCUCAUACAUUCAAUACGAAAGUUGGCAAUGAUUUUAUUCGAGGGGUGAGUGGUGGUGAGAGAAAGCGUGUCAGUAUUGCGGAAGCUGCUCUAGGUGGAAGUCCUCUUCAAUGUUGGGACAACAGUACAAGAGGUUUAGAUUCUGCAACCGCGCUGGAAUUCGUCAAGACUCUUCGGAAUUCUACUGAGAUGACUGGAUCCACAGCUGUAGUCGCCAUUUACCAAGCUUCCCAGUCUAUCUAUGAUCUCUUCGACAAGGUGGCUGUACUCUACGAAGGAAGGCAAAUUUACUUUGGCAAUAUCCACGCGGCGAAGUCAUUUUUCAUUAACCUAGGGUUUGACUGUCCGGCUCGACAGACUACUGCGGACUUCUUAACAUCAAUUACAUCGCCAGCAGAGAGAAUCAUUCGACCUGGUUAUGAAGGCAGGACUCCAUAUACCCCAGAUGAAUUCGCUACCGUUUGGCAAAACAGCGAGGAUAGAGCACAGCUACUCCGGGAGAUCGACCAGUUUGAUGCAGAAUUUCCCAUUGGUGGACAGGCCCUUGACGAUUUCAAGCAUUCCAGGAAGGCAGCACAGGCUAAGGGUCAGCGAAUGAAGAGUCCAUAUACGAUUUCCCUUCCUAUGCAGAUCAAGUUAUGUGUGGAGCGUGGAUUCCAAAGACUCAGGGGUGAUAUGACUCUUCUUUUGACGGGUCUCAUAGGUCAAACUGCGAUGUCUUUGAUUAUUGGUAGUGUGUUCUACAACCUUCCAAAUGAUACCAACAGUCUUUACAGCAGAGGCGCCCUUCUAUUUUUUGCUAUCUUGAUGGCUGCGUUCCAGAGUAUGCUGGAGAUUCUCACUCUUUACGCGCAAAGGCCAAUAGUUGAGAAACAUACCAAAUACGCUUUCUAUCAUCCAGUUGCAGAGGCUUGCGGAUCUAUGCUGUGCGACAUACCGAAUAAAAGAACCCCGGGGCAUUUCUUUGUGUUCUUCCUGUUUACCUUUAUGUGUACUUUGACAAUGUCUAUGUUCUUCCGGUCUAUCGCUUCACUAUCACGAAGUUUGUCAGAGGCAAUGGCACCAGCUGCCAUCUUUAUUCUUUCAAUCGUCACUUACACUGGAUUUGCUGUCCCCAUUAGAGAUAUGCAUCCAUGGUUCCGGUGGAUCAAUUAUAUCGAUCCAGUUAGUUAUGGGUUUGAGGCUUUGAUGAUCAACGAGUUUCACGGCAGGCAGAUCCCCUGCUCAGUAUUUGUCCCCUCUGGCGGAAAUUACACAAAUGUUGGAGCGGAUGAAAGAAUUUGCUCCACCACUGGUGCUGCUGCUGGCGCAAAUUAUGUUGACGGCGAUAGAUACAUUGAGGUCAACUUUGGUUACUCUCAUACUCAUCUCUGGAGAAACUUGGGUAUCAUGAUCGCCUUUAUGUUGUUUGGUUGUGCUGUAUACCUAACCGCAAGCGAAUUUAUCUCGGCGAAAAAAUCCAAAGGAGAAGUCCUUCUAUUCCGCCGUGGCCGUAUACCCUAUAUUUCGAAAUCAUCUGACGAGGAAGCAAAAUUGGACGAUCGUAUGACCGCUGCAACUCUCGCCAGAACGAAGACUGUUCCAGAUGCUCCACCUAGUAUUCAAAAGCAAACUGCCAUAUUUCAUUGGGACGAUGUUCAUUAUGAUAUCAAGAUCAAGGGUGAGCCUAGGAAAUUGUUGGAUGGAGUUGAUGGAUGGGUCAAACCUGGAACUUUGACAGCUCUGAUGGGUGUCUCUGGUGCCGGAAAAACCACUCUUCUCGACGUUCUUGCCUCGCGUGUAACCAUGGGUGUUGUCACCGGACAAAUGCUCGUAGAUGGGCGCCAAAGGGAUAUUGGUUUCCAGAGAAAGACAGGUUACGUCCAACAGCAGGAUCUUCAUUUGGCUACAUCUACUGUUAGAGAGGCAUUGACUUUCAGUGCCGUUCUUCGUCAGCCCAAAGCUACCCCGCAAGCUGAAAAGCUCGCCUACGUUGAUGAAGUCAUCAAAGUCUUGGAGAUGGAAGAAUAUGCUGAUGCUGUUGUUGGUGUCCCAGGUGAAGGUCUUAAUGUUGAACAGCGUAAACGUCUCACAAUUGGUGUUGAGCUUGCUGCAAAGCCUGCUCUUCUUCUCUUCCUUGACGAACCAACUUCUGGUUUAGACUCCCAAACUGCCUGGUCUAUCUGUGCAUUGCUUCGUAAACUCGCCGACAAUGGUCAAGCCAUUCUUUGCACAAUUCAUCAACCUUCCGCCAUUCUGUUCCAAGAAUUUGAUCGUCUAUUGUUCUUGGCCCGAGGUGGAAAGACUGUGUACUUUGGUGGAAUCGGCGCACAUUCAAAGGUCCUGACUGAUUACUUUGAACGAAACGGUGCUCCUGCUUGUGGGGAUCUAGCUAAUCCUGCAGAAUGGAUGCUUGAAGUCAUUGGCGCCGCUCCAGGAUCCGAUACCUCGAUAGAUUGGCCAGAAACCUGGAAGAAUUCCAACGAACGUCAGCAAGUAAAGUCGCAUCUCGCAGAACUAAAGAAUACUCUGUCUCAUAAGGAAGUUGAGCACGAUCCAACUUCACUCAAUUCCUUCGCUGCAGGGUUUGUGGCCCAGAUGCAAGUAGUUCUUGUUCGGGUUUUCCAACAGUACUGGCGUACUCCUUCAUACCUUUACUCUAAGACUGCCCUCUGCACCUGUGUUGGUCUCUUCAUCGGAUUUUCAUUCUGGGACACCAAAACCUCCCUCCAAGGAAUGCAAAACCAACUUUUCGCCAUCUUCAUGCUCCUCACCGUCUUCGGUAAUCUCGUCCAACAAAUCAUGCCCCACUUCGUAACCCAACGCGACCUCUACGAAGUCCGCGAACGCCCCUCCAAAACUUAUUCCUGGAAAGUCUUCAUCCUCUCCAACAUCAUCGUCGAACUCCCCUGGAAUACCCUCAUGGCCGUCAUCAUCUUCGUAACAUGGUACUACCCCAUCGGCCUCUACCACAACGCCGAAAUGACCCACGCCGUCACCGAGCGCGGCGGUCUCAUGUUCGCCUUCGUCUGGGCUUUCCUCAUGUUCACAUCCACCUUUACCGAUUUCAUCAUCGCGGGCAUGGACUCGGCGGAAACCGCCGGAAAUCUCUCGAACCUCAUGUUCUCCCUCUGUCUCAUCUUCUGCGGAGUUCUCGCCUCCCCAACCGCUCUCCCCGGCUUCUGGAUCUUCAUGUACCGCGUCUCACCCUUCACAUAUCUCGUAUCCGGAAUGCUAUCCACCGGACUCGCCAACACACAAGUCAUCUGCGAUUCCAUCGAAUACCUACACUUCAAUCCUCCCUCCUCUCAAACAUGUGCCGAAUAUCUCAAUCCCUACAUAAGCACCGCAGGCGGAUACCUCAAUAAUCCGGACGCGCGCACAAACUGCGAGUUCUGUAGCGUGAGCGACACGAAUGUUUUUCUAGCGCAGGUUAAUGUCUAUUAUAAGGAUGUGUGGAGGAAUUGGGGCUUGUUGUGGGUUUUUAUCCUGUUUAAUGUGAUGGGUGCUAUUGGUAUGUAUUGGGUGGCGAGAGUGCCGAAGGGUGCUAGUAGGGGUGAGGAUGAGGAUGGGAAUGGGAAAGUUGUGAAAAAGGGUUGGUUUGAGAAGAAGAAGAUGAUGAAGAAGGCGGAUGCUUAG